GAUACCUCCGUUGAAAAUAUUACUUUCUGCAGUGACUUUUGGUUCAUCUGGUGAAGCUUUUGCGACACCUAUUGUUCUACAUUGAGAACUGCAUUCAUCCGGCGAUGGAAUUCAUAGAAAACGUCCUGUCGUUUUCUUAUUUCAUGGACUUCUCUUACGGCUCCUUACAGCUGUUCUUUUCUGUGGUGAUACCGCUGGUGUUUCUGUGGAAAGGAUCAUUUCAUGGCCUUCAGGAGAAGUGGCAUGGCUUCAAUAUGGACGAUACUGAAUGUCAGGGCCAGGAGGCCAUGAUUACCGAGUUCAAUUUGCAGAACAAGAAACUGCAGGAUGAGCUCCAGGCUUCCAGGUGUUCCCAGCUUGCCACGGAACAAGAAAACCUCAUUCUGAGGUCCACCAUUUCAACACUGCAAAGGCAAAACACCCACAAGGAGGAGAGAAUCAAACUUCUCACCAAGAAAUUGGCACAACAGACCGACAUGGUGAUCAUCCAGAUUGAAACGGAGAGCCACCCUCUUGAGCCCAGAGAUGGAAUUGCACAGGACAGACUCACAGUUCUUCAGCACAAGGUCACUGAGCUGGAAAACAAGGAAAUGUCCUACAAGACCAGGAUUGCCUCACUGGAAACGGCCACCCAUAAGAGACUUAUGAAGUCAUCAGCCUUACACAGACAGCUUGUGCACAAAAGUGAUGAGGUCUUUUUCCUCCAUCAUAGGCUUAUGGAGAGCAUGAAGAGGGUAGCUGUGAUGAGGGGAACCCGUUUGGUGCCUCUUCACCCCCUUAACCAGAAGUCCAAAUAUGGAAGAGUGAGAGACAGCUGGAACAAGAUCCUGACCAGGACUCGGCUUCAUGUGAUUCCUGAGGAGAGAGGGGAUGUUGCACCCAGGAUGAACCUCAGAAUGGCUGCACCUCACCGGGCCACCAUAUUGGCUGCACCUCUCUGGGCCAACAGAAUGGCUGCACCUCACCGGGCCACCAUAUUGGCUGCACCUCUCUGGGCCAACAGAAUGGCUGUACCUCACCGCCGGCCCACCAGAAUGGCUGCACCUAACUGGGCGCCUACAGUGGCUGCACCUCACUGA